GAGCGAGACUAAAAGACAGAUCGUAUAUGUGUAGACGUGUUGCAAAGAUCGCCAGCCGGUGUUGAUAUACAGCGACCCUGCGUCUGCCCCCGUCCCGCAUUCCUCACGACAUCAUGGCAGAGCCUCUCGCUGAUACCCCACCACUCUCCUCCUCUGACUCUGCCUCUCCCUCUCCCGCUUCCUCUCCCUCCCCCUCUCCCGUAUCCCUAAAGCGCAAGCGUGCCCCCUCUGACGCACAACCUCUGACCCCGCCACUGUCGGCCGACGAUCCCAAAGGAACCCAUCUUCUGUCGCGUGCCGUCCACGUUCUUUCAACCGCCGCCAGUGCCCUGUCACAAGUUACUUUCUUGUACCAGUCGGACCAUGUAGCCCGCCAUGGCCUGCUUCAGGCCGUUGAAGUCAUUACAAAGAACAGCGAGGCAGGAGGCAAACUCAUAGUUUGUGGUGUUGGGAAAAGCGGCCUUGUAGGGCGCAAAAUUGUCGCAACCAUGAAGAGCCUAGGAAUUGCGAGUUCCUUCAUGCAUGCCGCUGAGGCAUUGCAUGGAGACCUCGGCGACAUCAGGAAGAAUGAUGCCGUCAUGUUCAUCUCCUACUCUGGAAAGACUGCGGAGCUGGUCGCUCUUCUGGAUCACAUACCGUCCCACACACCCAUCCUUGCCAUUACAUCACAUACUAAGCCCUCGGAAUGUCCGCUCCUUCGAGGCAGACCACGCUCGAUACUACUGCCUGCGCCCAUCCACGAGCUAGAGGAGGUGUCCUUUGGCGUUUGUGCGCCAACCACCAGCACAACCGUGACAAUUGCGGUCGGUGACAUGCUUGCACUGACAAUCGCUGAAGCAAUGCACCAAGAGGAUACCAAGAUUGUUUUCAGACGGAAUCACCCUGGCGGUGCAAUUGGCGCAAAGACGAGGCGGAUAGAGGAGGAAACUGUUACCCAAGCCAACAAGUGCACUGGACUAGUAACGCCGCCAGCGUCAUGACUUUGCUCCAGACGGCUUUACAAUACGAACAUUGCACCAUGAGCUGAGUACUUGCAUGCAUUGUGGGCAAAUCCAGCCAAGGGCGUCAUGCAGUAAUUCGACCUCGUUCAUCAAGCAAACAUCUCACUGUUGUCUGUCUUUCCUACGCACGGAGCGACUUUCAUACCCUCUUACCAAGCAAUUGUGUAUACACGCUCCAUACAUCGCCACUUUCGCUUUGAACUCCAUCUGUCUUAGUACAAGCAGAUUGGCCAAAAGCAGCACUAUCACAGUCUCAUGAGAGUCUUGUAGAUCCUAGAAUAGGACAGUUGAUUAGUGCA